AUGUCAUCUCCUCCUGUCGAAACCACCGGGCCUUGCACACGUGUAUUCUGGGACCUUAUGGAUUUCCGGUUACCUAGUCCUGAUCCUAGGCGCACUUAUCGUACUAUGAAUUAUAUUCUCGAAAAGAUUGGUUUUCUUGGUGAAUUGUCAAUCGUUGCGUAUGUCGAUCAGGAAUGUUUUCUGGAUCAUUUGCUCGAUGAAUAUAAGAGUGCCGGAAUCACCAUCAUUCACCAUCCCCAACAAGGGGAUAAAUAUGCGAGUAUGUUAGUCGACAUAAUUUUGUGGGCAUUGGAAAAUCCGGCCAAUUAUUUUGAACCGUUAAAUUUGAUGGUAAUUUCCGGAAACAUCAAAGAAGAAACGGAUUUCCUCAAAGCCCUUGAAGCGUUGGGACAUAGAUAUUACAAUGUUCUUUUAGCAAUGCCUCAACCCCUGUCAUCAAGUAAGCUACAUACUGUUAGCUUUGACGGUCUUUCGACAAGCCUAGACCAACGUGUAACCUUACAAGGUCUUAACCAUAAGUGGAACCGGAAGAGUAGAGAAGAGAAUGUUGGUUUUUCUUAUGGACUAGCUUCUUUGUAUCCCCAAUAUUUUCGCGGGGCUGAGGUAACCGUCUUCUGGGAUGUCCAGGAUCGCGUAACCAGUGUUCCGAAAAUUGGCCCAGCUCUUCGUGGAUUGGGUUAUGAUGGUGCAGUGUUAAUAAGGCCUUAUGUCGACGGGGAUCAUCAGUGGAAGUGGAAUGCCAAAAAUGCUUGUCUUGGCUUGCACCUAGACCCUCUAACCAGAGUUCUAACCAAAGAAGCGAAAGUCACUAGGAUGUUAUUGGACCUUCUUUUCUGGGCGAUGAACAAUGAUGAUAUACCAGCAAAUUUCAUGCUAAUCUCUAAACCGGACAUCAAUUGCGACCGUGUUAUUAAAGCGGUAGAACACAGAGGUUUCUUCCAUAUCCGAGGAUGCUCUGAUGAGGUCUCACUGCAUCUUAAAAGCGCACCAUAUGGAGAAAUGCAAAUCAACCAAAGCAUAAAGUUACAAGGUCGGAAGUUCCUUGAGGGCCUAGAACAUGCAGCGCCGUCAAUAGUUGUCUUCUGGCUGCUUGAGGAAGAUUACCCAUCUGAUCCCAAGUUGGCGAAUUGGAGAAUCAGAUCAGCCCUUGACAAGAAGGGUUAUGGUAAUAUUACGUCAGUCACGGUUUAUGUUAAUGAGGAAAAGUUUCCAAGUGGAUGGAAGGAUGCCUAUCAUAAGUCGGGAAUGGGCGUUGUCUUCAUAGAUGAAGAUUAUGGUCUCUCAAAAAUUGAUACCAUGUCAUGGGACAUGAUUAAGUGGAGAUAUGCCGAUGCCCUAUCAUCACAGUUUGUGGUAAUCGCAAAACCCUUUCGAGACAUGACGCUUGACCGCUUUUUUGAAGAUUUUGAAUGUGGAGGAUUCUACGUUCUCUUCGAGCAACCUGAUUAUCUGUUCACAUUGGGCAGCGCAGUAUGGUCUGCUAAAAACCUUUCAUUUUAA